ACUGUACUUUUAAGGGUAAUGUAAUUUUAAGAAAGUUAUUUUACAGUACACCUAGAAGACCAGAGAAAUACUUAAGUAUUCUAUCUGUUAUAGGAUCUGUGAUACGAAUCACACAGGAUUAGCAAAACACUUUUUACAUUUUCACGAUUACGUUACGAAAUUAGAUUUAAUAAACAAAUAAACAGGAAACGGAAAGUUCAAAUAAAUUAAACAACACAGCAGGUGGCGCUAAAAUACAAUAGCGUUGUUAAUUUCUCCUCAAUUUAUAGAAGAAGAAGGAGAUCUUAACGACUAAAUGAAUAUCAGGAAGUGCUCAGUUCGAGAAUCUUUUCCAAGUAGAUUUUAAUUAGAUAAAGCGGCAGAUAUUCAGGAAAGAAGUGAGGAAGAGAGACAGUCAUGGCACAGAACACUCUGCCUGGCAUGGAAACAUCAGCCGUGUCUGUAUUAAAGAGAGCUGUAGAGCUUGAUCAGAGUUCACGCUUUCAGGAAUCUCUCGUGUGCUACCAGGAGGGCAUUCAGCUACUUAUAGACGUGCUGAAAGCAAUGAAGGAUGAAUCCAAAAAGGUCCACUACAGAGAAAAGAUAAAGGGUUACAUGGACCGAGCUGAGCAGAUAAAAGUUCACCUAAACAAAGUGAAAGAAGAAGGGAAAUACCAUGAGCAGAUUAAAAUUGCUGACAGUGACACAGGUUUCAGCUAUGAGACUCUUUUCAAGCCAUACAUUAGAGAAGGACUGACUGAAGUUUGGGUUGAAGACCCUUAUAUCCGCCAUGUGCACCAGCUGUAUAACUUUCUGCGUUUUUGUGAAAUGCUGCUAAAGGCCAAAUGUAACGUUAAGAAGAUUAACCUCCUGACUUCACAAGAUGAAGAUUGCUCCUCACAGCAAGAGAAUGCCCUAACAGAAAUCCGCCAGUCUUUACAGUGUCAGGAUAUUUGUCUGGACGUUAAAUACUCCUCCACUAUUCAUGACAGGGAGAUCAGAUUUGAUAACGGUUGGAUAAUAAAGAUUGGCAGAGGGCUGGAUUACUUCAAGAAACCUAAGGGUCGAUUCCCCAUUGGCUACUGUGAUUAUGACCUGAGAGAAUGUCAUGAGACUACAGUGGAUGUCUUCCAUUCAAAACACACAAAGAAGACAUAACCAAAAAAAAUGCAUUUGCAUUUAGGGAAUUUUAGUUGCCCUAUACUAUAUACUACUUGGAUUAUAAGGUUUAUACCUGUAUUUUAUUUUAAACUCUGUUAAGGGUUUGCUAUUUAUAAAUUAUUCAGAGUGCUGAGCACUAAGUGCCUAAUAUAUUAAUUUGCAUUUUACUGACCACCACAGUUACUAUUGCACAGCUCACUUUUUCGGCCAAAAACCCAAUUUUAAAGGCUCAUAAUUAUAAAUAUAAGGAAGAAUGGGCAUUUUUGUAUUUCUUGCCAUAAACCAUGACCAUGCUGUGCAACAAAAAAGUGUGAUGGAUGUGGCUCUGGAAGAAGUCUAACGAAAUGGUCAAAAUAAAUCUGUAGACUUUUAAUUAUUUGUAAAUAUUUUAUAGAUCUGCCCAACACUUCAUUAUAAAUAAAUCUUCUGUGACCCUAUACACAUAGGAGACACCACAAAGUUGAGACCAUGCACUGUGAUCUCAGGUAACUAUGUUUGCAAAGGUUUUUUUUAGCUCUUUUGAGAAUCAGCUUAAAACCAUUCAUGCAUGUUUCUGAAAGUGCCAUGUAUAUAAUUAUUAAUUUUGUUUUUAAAGCUUCAAUUACUAUAAAGCCUUACAUUAUGGACUUUUAUAUAAGAUAUGAUGCAAUGUCAUUACCUUAUUUGUAAUAAAAUAAUAAGCCUAAAUGCAGUGA